AUGACCAAGUAUCUGACAAUUUGCUUUUUGCAGACCGGGAGUGCGGAUUCAAAGACUGCACACGUCGAGGGGAUUGUCCGCUCGGCGUCGCUUUGCCGUGGUUUUGCUCGAGCCGUAAGUUUUGCCUGGUGCAGAGUCCGGGAGCAUGACGCUGACUGGCAGCUCGAACAGACAUCUGCCGCGUCGAGGGAUGCUUCAAGGAAAGGCCCGGGGACUGUGGCUACUGCAAAGACCACCGUUGUUCGACUGGAAAAUGCUUCGAAAGACGAAUACUGGACGCGGAUUAUUGCAUCGACCACGUGGCAAGGAUUUGCCGCGAAGAGGGCUGCCGCGAAACGGUCCAUCUGGAUUUCCGCUGCAUCAAGCACCAGAAAUGCCCUUUCAAAGACUGCAAAUUAUGGCGACAUCGGCACAAGGAUGGAUUAUGGGAUCAUUGCGAGAAGCCUACGAUGCAUCUACAAAGACUGCGACAAAUUGUGUCUCCCCAACUGUCGGUACUGUGGCUAUCACAAAUGCACCUUUGAGGGCUGUCUGAAUUUUCGCGACAACGAGAAAGACGUCGAAAGACUAUUCUGCCGCGAUCACGGCUGCGAGGUGACCCGUUGCUAUGCCGUCGCAAUUAUUGUCAAAAAGGGGGCUUUUGGCACCUAUUGUCGCCGACAUACCUGCAGGACUACCGACUGCCGCGAAGUUUGUAUAAGUGGCGAGUACUGUGAAAAGCACUCUUGCAAUUGGGAUGGAUGCGACAGAAUUCGUAUAGGAGGGGGGACAUUUUGCGAGGAACACGAAUGCAGAAGAUCUGGCUGCGGCAAUAAAGCCAGACUUCGUCUUGGCUAUUGCGAAGAGCACUGCUGCAAGAUCGACAAGUGCCUCAAUUUCAACGAUACAGGAUCUGACAAGUUGUGCUACGAGCAUUCUCGGACGGAGCUGCAUAAGAAGAUUAAGCAUCUGGAAGACAGGUUGCGCGGUCGGGGCUAUGAGUCGCACCAUUACGAUGAUCUGAAAUGCCGCCAUGACAAGCUUGCCAGAGACUACGACAGCUGUCUACUUCGGUUGAACGAGAGCAGGGAGGAAAUUCGGAUUCUCCGGAGCACUUGGAUUUCGGAGGAAGACAACCGCAUUUGGAGAAAGGAUCUGGAGGACCGAAACGCACGGUUGCUGCUGGACCUGGAGCGCGAGCAAAGGAGGGUCGAGCACUGGGAGCGCAAAGCGGGCGAGGUGCUGCGCCGAGUCGACGAAUUGGAGGAGCUCCUUGCAGAAGAAAGACUUCGAUUUCCGCCAACGGAUGGGUACGAGCGUCGCAUUUCGGACCUUGUGCGCAAAGUUGAGAUUCUCGAAGAGGAACUCCGGAUCGAGCGCGAAAACCACACGCUUCACGAAGGCCGACGAUACGAAGUCGAAAAACUGUUACGCACAAUCGCGGAGCUUGAGAGAAAGCUCGCAGACGAGCACAUUAGGUCGGCAAGGGUUGACGAGCUCUUCAAAAAGGUGGAGAUACUCCAGGCCAUGCUCGCUGGCGAGAGGGAGCAGAAGGACAUCCUGUUGGAGGACAUUGCCAAGCGCGAUGAAUACGACCGAUGUUAUCGUGAAAGAUACGAACGUCGUAGAUGGAGAAGGGGCAGUUUUGAGAGAAAACGACCGUUUCCUGAACGGGUCGAGCGCGUCGUCGAACGGGAGCGGGUUUAUGGCGUCGGAUGCUGA